AUGAUGUCGGGGCAGUCGAUCACCGACCGCAUCACGGCGGCGCAGCACAGCGUCACUGGCUCGGCUGUCGCCAAAGCUGUCUGCAAGGCGACGACCCACGAGGUGAUGGGCCCCAAAAAGAAGCACCUAGACUAUCUAAUACAGUGCACAAAUGAAAUGAAUGUGAAUAUUCCACAGUUGGCAGACACACUCUUUGAGAGAACUGCAAACAGUAGCUGGGUUGUAGUCUUCAAAGCUCUAAUUACAACACACCACCUCAUGAUGUAUGGAAACGAGCGCUUUAUCCAGUAUCUUGCAUCCCGAAACACUCUGUUCAAUUUAAAUAACUACCUGGACAAAAGUGCCAUGCAGGGCUAUGAUAUGUCUACCUUCAUUAGGCGAUACAGCAGAUACUUGAAUGAAAAAGCACUUUCAUAUAGACUUGUAGCAGUUGACUUCACCAAAAUGAAAAGAGGGAUAGAUGGAGUGAUGAGAACCAUGAAUGCUGAAAAGCUUCUGAAAACCCUCCCAAUCAUACAGAACCAGCUUGAUGCACUCCUUGAUUUUGAUGCAAAUCCAAAUGAACUAACAAAUGGUGUUAUAAAUGCUGCCUUUAUGCUCCUCUUUAAAGAUUCCAUUAGACUUUUUGCAGCAUACAAUGAGGGGAUUAUUAAUCUUUUAGAAAGAUAUUUUGAUAUGAAGAAGAACCAGUGCAAAGACGGCUUGGAUAUUUACAAAAAAUUUCUAGCCAGAAUGACCAAAUUAUCAGAGUUCCUCAAAGUAGCAGAGCAAGUUGGAAUUGAUCAGGGUGACAUUCCAGAUCUUACUCAGGCACCCAGCAGCUUGCUUGAAGCACUGGAACAGCAUCUGGCUUCUGUGGAGGGAAAGAAAACAAAAGAAGUCUCUGCUGCCAGCAGAGCUAGUGCCCUAUCCAGUGCAGUUUCCACACUUGCCAAUACAGGAAUGUCGUUUAGCAAGAUGGAUGAAAAAGAAAAGCAACAGGCGUUGGAGGAGGAGCAAGCUAGACUGCAGGCACUUAAGGAGCAGCGAUUAAGAGAGAUUUCUGUAGUAUCAAAUUCCACUUCCACAUCUGCAUCCCCAAGCACCUUGUCAGGAAAAAGUAUGAAUACCACUGUAGCUGUUGACCUCUUUGCAGUACCAGCACCCACAACAAAUAGCAUGCCCAACCUUUCUAGUGAUCUUUUUGAUCUUCAGCCUGCAUUUGUUCCAACCGUUCAGAGUACUCCAGCUAUAUCAACAUCAGCAAGCAGUGCUUGGGGAGGUCCUUUCUCGUCCUCAAAUGGUUGUGUUGGUUCUCCACCUCAUCUGGACAUCUUUGACAUGAAGCCAGUUGAAGAAGCUGUAAAAUCUACCACUCCUUUCAUCAAUUCUACUUUUUCCUCCAAACAAACGGUGGAACUGUUUAGUGAUGACUUUAGUGGUCAUAAACCUAGAUAUGCUUCUGUGUAUCAUCCUCUGACUGUUGAUGGUUUUCCCCUUCAUUCAGCUCCUCCAGGUACCACCUCUUCAACAAUUAAUGUGGACUUCGAUGCUGUUUUUGGAGGAAAAUCUACAACACCAGAGUACAGGACUACAAGUGCUUUUAACUUUCUAGAUGAUGUAUUGCAACCCACUGUGCCACUGCAGAGUCAAAGAACCACCGUAGUCAACCAACAAAGUGGAAAAAUUUUGGCAAAUGACCUUGAUUCUUCACUUGCUAACCUAGUGGGAAAUCUUGGCUUUGGUGGCACUCCGUCCAAAAAAUCGGAUAUGCAGUGGACCCAGCCUACAGAGAAAAAACUUACUGGUGGAACAAACUGGCAAGCAAAAACAAGCACAUCAACCACAUGGAACCCUACUCCCUUACCUACAAUCCCACAUAGGAAUGGAGUACACUAUGCUGCAUAUGUACCUGCUCCUAUUGCAUACCCAUUGACCACACCUCAAGUGCCUGUAUAUGGAAUGGUACCUCCUCAGGUUGGAGCUGCUCCUUUGAUGGCACCUCAGUCCAUGAUGUAUACGCAGCCUGGUCUAAGGCCAACAAAUCCUUUUGCACCUGUUUCUGAAACUCAGAUACAGUUUCUGUAGAGCCACCAAAGCAGCAAGAUGUGAGAACAACCAAAUACCGGUAAAAAAAAAAAAAAGACUGAAAGUCAAUCUUUCCAUGAUGUAUUCCUGAACAGGGCAACUCCCUCUUCCCUGUGUUAUACAAUAUUAUUUUGAAUUGCAGUGCUUUAGAGAUUCUUGUUUAUAACAGUCACUGCAAUGUGAAGUCAUGUGUGUUCACUGAUAGAGUUGUUUGGGUUUUUUUUUAAACUACUCAGCAGAAAAGUGUAUUUUACUGAGCUUGACUCAGAGGGUACAAGCUGGAUUAUCAUCUUCAAAGCUGAGAAGAGGGGUUACAUGAUUGGUCUACAACCUUAUUCAUCAGUGGAUUAGUUUAACUGAGGAUGUCAAAGCUCUUUAUGUUCUCCAUAAAUUCUGUGGCUGUUGUAACCAAGACACAAAGCAAAUGAAGUUGAGCAAUAAAAUUUUCAUGUGCUCUAAUAAAUACUCUGAUAAAGCAAUGCUUGCAUUACCGUAAGGCAAAUAUUGUGUGAAAUCAGACAGCUUUUUCACAUUAGAAUAGCUUAUAGCAACUUGCAAACUUUAUGAUGUGAGUUUGAAAUGCUGUGAAUCAACAAAAUAUAUA